UAUCGUCUUACACUCAUACCUAAAUAAGUUCAAAAUCUUCUCAAGAGUUAGAAACAAAUAUGGACAAGAAAGACGUUAGCGCAAAAGCUGGUUUGGUAGCUCAGAGCAGCACUUCAAGAAGUGGCACUCCUCCUGGUCCAGGGAAUAUGGUUGCGCCCGGUUUGGGUGGUUCUGCUCACAUCCCUAGAGAGGCUUUUGAGGCCAAUCCCAAGGCUUAUUUUGACAAUCUCCAUGCCAAGGAGAAGGCAAAUAACUAGUGAAAGAUAAAUAGUACUUAAAAACAUAAACACUUGUUUGUUUAUGCUCCUACUAAUAAGAAUCAUUAUCUUCAAAUAAAUGAGAUCUAUCCCUCUUUAUGAUUUAUGUUCUGCCUUUUUUUUUUAUUGCUUCUUUGAUGCUUAUCACUGCAUGCGUUAAGUUACUUCAUCAUUACCUUUACUUUA